AAGAAGCAAAUUUUAGCAUUGAUAGCAUGUUGGACAAGGAUUGUUAGCAUUUGGUUGUAGACUCUUAGCCUUUCUUAAACCUUUAACAGGCCUUAAAUGGGCUAAAUAAUCUGCAGGUGCAUUCGACAGAAAAUGUAAUACAAGGGGAAAUGAAACUAACACAUGCCAAACAUGUCAAGCUGCAUCAACAAAGACAAACAGUCAGAUGAAGAUAAUAAUACAAUGUUCCUGCACUAAGAGAGGACUCUGAUUUUGUAGCAAUGGGUGGAUUUAGUUUCUCCACACUUAAUGCUGUUGGUUAAGAAAUGUUGAAGUUGUUUUGUCUGUUUCCUCUAGGUGUCAGCAGUUAUUGAUCAGUAAAGUGUGUUGCACUGCACAAAUGUAUCAGUCAUGUGACCACAAAAGCAGUUGUCCUAAUCAAAAUUAUAUUAAUUAAUUAUCAAACAAUCCUGAAACUAAUGGUUUAACUGGUUUUACCUCUUUGUGCUCCUAAAAAUAAUCCAGACAAAACUGGGAAACAUUGAUCCUUCUGUGCUGUAGGUGGUUAUAACCUAACAGACAUACAGAAGCGUUUGGUCACAAAGCUAUUUUUUUUCCCCCUGUAAAGUAAUUACCCCCGUCCCUACAAACCGUUAUGCCCCUCUUACUAUAAUCUGGUCAUUUUGGAUCACAUCCCAUACAUCAUACAAGUGUUGUGUUGUUGGUGUUUUGAUGCUGAAUGUGCAUCUUGUGUCUUUGUGGCUUGAUGGAGGUUGAACAAGCCGUAUCAUAUGACCCACCACAUACUGUGAAAAGCAUUUACAGCUAAGAGAGGCAUUUCUUCAUUCUCUCUCUCUCUCUUGCUUUACUCCGCAGGCUUUUGAACCUAUAGCAUCCUACGGUUCAACCACAUUUUAUUGAUUUUGUGUAUGUUCUGUAGUGUUGAGUUACAGUUCGGCUUUGGACAUACAUUGUCAAAUACAACUUCACCAGCGGCCUAUUUCUUACAAGCCCUGUUUUGCAAAAGUUUAUUUCAUAUUUCACCAACCUUCCAGGAUCCAUUUUAGCGUCUGCUGCACAUUUCUUGCUAUUUACUAAAUCCACAAAGCCUUCUUAUCUUUUAGUCGACUAGAUGGCUCUUUGUUUGUUUCCCACACCUCGGCUUGCUGUGGCAAAGAAGCUUAAUGGUGUAAGUUUACUGCCGCCAGAUGGACCACCAGUUGAGGACUCGUUCUGAUAAAACCACAAGAAAAACCACUAAUGUUACACUAGUGAAUGAAAUCUUUUGUUGCUUGAAUAUAAACCUAAUCAUUACAUCUGUUCCUGCAGUGAGCUUUAAUGUUGUAUCAUUUUAUGGAAGCUGAGCUGAAUGAAUGAACUGGUGUCUUGCUGUUUGUUUCUCCACUCCAUAGUUCAUUGAUGAUUAGGGUUUAUGGCUUACAUGUUUGUUUGUUUUUUUAAUUUAGUUACUGUGGAAUCUAUUUAAAGCUCCAGUAUGGUUUUUCUGAACUCCACACGCUAUAGAAAGGCGGGUUUUAAAAGCCCUCCUGUUUCCUCUAUAGCCUAACAUGUAAUUUCCAUCCAGUGGAAAUGGUUCCUUGGAGGUCGAAAGACGGCACUCCAAUGGCUUGAGCAGAGAGAGGUGACUGGUCUGUAUGGGUCACAUGAUCUCUCUCUUUCUCUAUUGCUCUCCCUCUCUCUUGCAUUCCCUUACUCUGUUGCAACACUCUUCAUCUCUCUCUCUCUCUCUCUCUCUCUCUCUCUCUCAAUUCUUCCCUCCCACUUUCUCUCUCAGUCUUAUGUCUGCACUGUUGGCAUAGUGCUUUUUUUCUUUAACGUUUUCUGAGGAUGUAAAGAGGGGUAAAGGUUGACUUUGCUUCAGCAUGUGUACCGGUCUCUCCUCUCGGGCUGACACUUCCCCCUCUCCUCCAUAAUCUCCCCCCAUUUAUACCUUCUUUCAUCCUUUGCUUGAGGACCCGACUGUCUUCUUCAGCGACAUGUAUUCCCUGGACGAUUUCGGUGAACAGAGUAUCUGCCAGGCGCGGGCCUCGGUGAUGGUCUAUGACGAUGCCAGUAAGAAGUGGGUGCCCAUCAAGCCUGGACAGCAGGGCUUCAGCCGCAUCAACAUCUACCAUAACACUGCCAACAACACCUUCAGAGUGGUGGGUGUCAAACUGCAGGACCAGCAGGUGGUGAUCAACUACUCCAUAGUGAAGGGCCUGAAAUACAAUCAGGCCACCCCAACCUUCCAUCAAUGGCGUGAUGCCCGCCAGGUCUACGGGUUGAACUUUGCCAGUAAGGAGGAGGCCACCACCUUCUCCAACGCCAUGCUGUUCGCCCUCAAUGUGCUCAGCUCACCUGACAGUGGAGGUCCAGUCGUCCAGCGCCAAAACGGGCCCUCCUCAGAGGAAAGCGAGGCACAGAGGCGGAUGAUGGAGCAACAUCAGAUGCAGGCGCACAAGGAGAGGGAGCGACGAACGUCAGGAUCAGUCGUUUCCACUCUGCAAUAUAAAGUCUCCACCCCUCCCACCCACCCAGACACUCCUCCUGAGUACAGACAGUACAGGGCUAGCACACUGCCACCCUCCUACGUCCGUGUGGCCUCCUCCUCCCCUCCCUCCACUGCCUCCUCCUCUCCCUGUCAAGAGAAAGAGGUGGGGGUUGCUAGGGACAAGGCCCAGCUCUCCUCCCAGCUCUCCACCUCACUCGCCUCAGCCUUUUCCCCAGUCCAGGCGGGAGUGACCACCCAGGGCCGACAGGUCCGUCAGAUCCCCCUGUCUCCUCCCACAGCUGCCCGUCACCUGCACCAUCAACAACAACUCCAGCAACAAGACAUCAUGCUCCCCCCUAAACAUGGCACCUGGUCCGCCUCCCAUUUGCAGCAAAUGUAUGCCCAGCCACCCCCUUCCUCCUCCCCUCCGGUUAUGAUGGCCAUGCCUGUGAAGCAGGGUUUACCCCCACAGCCUGUCCUCCCGAUGGCUCACCCUCUCCCGCCCCUGAACACUAGGAUGAAGCCCCCACCUCUUGACCCAAGUGCUGUGACGGGCCCUUACCAGUACCCCCAGCACCAGGCCCACCCUCACUCCAACGGCCAGCCAGAUGACUCCUACUCUCCUCAUUCUCAGCAUCUGCCACUCACUCCACAGUACUGCGAGGCCAUCCCCCUUCCUCCUCUGACAGCCCCAGGCUCCGCCCCCAGCCACCAGCCCCAAUACGCAUCCACCUUCCACCCUCAGCAGCAACAGCAUCCGCAACAACAACAACAACAACAGCAUCCGCAACAACAGCAGGUGUACUACCAGCAGGCCCAGCCCCCCAACACCACUUUCUCCUCCUCCUCACCCCCCUCUUACACUGCCAUGUCUGACGGGGGCUCGCCCAAGAAGACCCCCUCCCCAGUCCCCCAGCAAGCCCCCAUGGCCAGCAGCAGCCCACCUGUCUCUGCAGGUCACCCAGCUAUGCUUUCUGUGGCACCUCCAGCUGCAGUUCCAGCACCCUUGGCUGGUCCUCCAGCCCCACCACCACCACCCGGUCCACCACCCCCAAUGGCAGUGCCCCCACCCAUGCCACCUCCACUGCCAACUGGUGGAGGUCCUCCUGGGGGCCUCCCUGGGGUCCAGCACCAACCUUCAGGACUGGCAGCAGCACUGGCUGGAGCCAAACUCCGUAAAGUACAUAGGGAUGAGAGCAGUCCGCCUGGAUCUGGUGGCAAAAGUGACUCCAACCGGUCUAGUGGUGGCAGUGGUGGUGGUGGGGAGGGACUGAUGCAGGAGAUGAAUGCCUUACUAGCUCGCAGACGGAAAGCUUCAGAGAAACCUGAUGAAGAUGACUCUAGUGGUCGAGGGCCAGGUCAGCAGAACUCAACAGAUGCUGUGAAGAAGCCAUGGGAACGCUCCAACUCUGCAGACAAGUCCUCACUGGUGUCCAGAGUGAGACCCAUCGGCAGCACUAGUGAAACAGACACAGAAUUUGACAGGAUGAAACAGGAAAUUUUGGAUGAAGUUGUACGUGAGUUGCAUAAGGUGAAAGACGAAAUCAUUAAUGCCAUCAGACAAGAAAUCGGCAGAAUCAGUACAUCCUAAUCUCAUCUGAGCAACAGCAGGAGGAGAGUGAGUGGAGGAGCUGGAGGAGAAUGGACAUGCAGAUGCACAGACACGAGGACCAGGGAAUGUUCUCUCAAUGUUUCUGUGACCUGUCGAUGCGACGAUGCGAGUUGCAGAGACGUUGUGCCAACAUUUGAGUCUGCUGGACAGCAAAAAUAGAAAGAAACAAAAACAGAGAAGAAGAGAGAAAAGGGGUUUAUGAGACAGAGGAGCAGAAGAAACAGAAUGGUGGAUAAAGAAGAUUUAAAAUGACUGAGGAUGGAAAAUAUACUCAAGGAUGGACUGACAUUCGUGCUGAGUUUGGUGUUGUGGUCCUCUCUGUGCACCUAUAGACUCAGUCAGCCCAGUGUUGCAACUCUUUGUUCUCUGUUCAGUCCAAGUCUUAAGAAGAAAAUAUUUUUGUUUUCUAAGUUUUUACUGUUUUAUUAUUUAAAAACUGUGGUGAUAAUGAUGAUGAUGCCGUUGAUGACAAUGAGUAUUUUAUUGAUAUUAUAGAAGGAAAAAGGAAUCUUGCACACCAUGUAUGUCAGCCUUUUAUAUUUUCUAUUAUUAUGUUUUGUUUAGUUUAGCCCUAACUAUUUGAUGAUAACAAGCACAAUUUGGCUAUUAUGGUGCUGCAGACUCACCUGUCCUCAACUGGCAUAGUUAAAAAAAAAAAAAAAAAAAAAAAAAUCAGGCUUUUAUGACCUUGUUCAUACUGGCAUUGAGUGUCUAACUUUUUCUCUCCAUGGAUGUUGAAAAACAUGUUUGAGCCACAAUUAGCCUCUUAAACAACCUCUUUGGCAUCCAAGGCAUAAGACUUUGAGGGAGCAAAGAUUUUUUUGGCAGUUAAAUAAAUAACACAAUAAUAGUCUGCCCCACAACUCCAGUGUGACCGAGGUAGACAUUUCUCUCUACCUGUUCUUGUGUGUGAGAUCAUUGAAACUUGGGGAUCAUUCACAAAACAGGCCGGUAACUGUAAAUGUGCCACCUGGCUUUACCUAGAUAUAAAACAAUGUAGUACUAUUUAUUAGUCACCCUAUGCUUUGUGAACCUCCCAAGUAUGCAUGAACACACCCCCACCCCGUCUCAAUGAAUUAGUUGGGGGUUUUUUUUAUUUGGUUUGGGAAAAAUGGUGGUACAUUUAUUUAGUGGUUUGUUUCCAUGAAGAUUCCCCUUUUUGUAUGACAAGUUGAACUUGAUAAUGGUAGCGAUGUUAAAAUAACCAAGGGGGUUGCUCUGGCAAUAUGCAAAUCUUACCUAGAUAAGAAUGUGCAGAAAGCAAAUGGUAGGCCUUUGUGAUGGUAGCUAAACGUGUCUUUGCAGGAAGGAUUUGGUUGAAUAUCAGUUGUUGCAUUCUAUCCACUCUGUCCGCUCUCAACUACAUUCUGAUUUAAAAGCUGGAAGUAAAUUCAUUCAAACUAAAACCAACCAUA